AUGGAGGUGGAUCAAGAAUUGAGGUUUGUGUGCAAGUUGUGUAACAAGAGGUAUCCAUGUGGAAAGUCACUAGGGGGUCACAUGAGGUCUCACGCAAUUGCUAAUUCUGCUGAAUCUGACGAAAAAGCUGAAGCAAACAUGAAAAAGACGAUGUUUCUUAAUGAUGGUGGAAAGAAUUUCGUCGAAGAGUCAAAGGUUGUUGAAUUUGGAAAUGGGCAAUCAAGUUAUGAACUUAGAGAAAAUCCCAAGAAAACAUGGAGGGCUGUCGAUUUGACGUUUCCCUUGCCACCGGAGAAGGUCUGCAGACAAUGCGGUAAAGGGUUUCAAUCAAUGAAAGCAUUGUGUGGUCAUAUGGCGUGUCAUUCAGAGAAGGAUAGGGGUUUGAAGGACGAUCAUUCUUGGACGAGUUCAAAGAUGGUGAUGGAUAGUAAUUUGGAUACUGAGGUUGAGGAUCGUAGGUUGAGAACAAGAUCAGCAAAGAGUAAGAGGUACAAGAAUGUAGUUGUUAAGUCAUCCUCUUUUUCCUUAGCUAAUGGUUCUUCGUCUGUUUCUGAGGUCGAUGAGCAAGAACAAGAGGACAUAGCCUUGUGUUUAAUGAUGUUAUCUAGAAAUUCUGGGAAUAAGGGCGGUGUGAAUUCAGUUGUCGAAACUUCUGAUAAUAAUUCAGUUGUUUUGGAGACUAAAUCUUCGUCCAUUGACAUGAAAAUGAAAAUUUGUAGAAAGGAAUGCCUAGAUUUUGUUCACAAUGUGCACGAGACUCCCCAAAUGAAGAAAAUUGGGGAUAGGAAAUCAAAAGCUAUUUCUUCGGAUGCUGACAUUGCUCAAGUGAAUAACUCAGAUUCCGAUUAUUUCUUAGACGAAAGCACCAAGGCUGACUCUGAUGUAUCUGUUGAUAGGAACCAUAAAAACAGUUCUUCUAAUGAUUCCAAGAAGCUGUUUAUGAGUUUUGGAGCUAGACGAGAGGACUCUGCUAUUGAAUUCGGGAAGAAUUUGUAUGUAGUCGAGCAUUUUGAAACAGAGCUAAGCAAAGAACUUACUAAGGAAAAUGGAUAUGGGAUGAAUUCAAAUUCUGCUAAGAUUCACUCACGAAAGAGAGAGUAUAUUUCUGAGAGUAGGAGGAUGGAAAAUGGUUCUUCAGAAAUAGGCAAAAAGACACAGACUAGAAGUAAAUAUGAAUGCUUGAACUGUAAAAAGACCUUUAACUCAUAUCAGGCUCUUGGAGGCCAUAGACCCUGCCACAAAAGAAACAAUGUUCGUUCUGAACCUGAUUAUGAAACUGGAGAAAACAUCCUAGAUGACAAUGCUCUUGAUUCCAAAACUGCACGUAGGCAUGGAGAGUUGGUUGGUAAAAAUUCAUCCAACUAUGCGGAGAAAAAAGUUAAGCCUAAGAAGAACAAAGUGCACGUGUGUCCAUUCUGCCACAAGGUUUAUAAGAACGGCCAGGCUUUAGGGGGGCACAAGAGAACUCAUUUUAUCAGUGGUCAUUGGGAAAACAAUAAUCGAACUCAAGAAAUCAAGCCCAAGUUUCCCAAUUUAUUUGAUCUUAAUCUUCCGGCUCCAGAGGAGGAUGAGGAUGAUGUGCUGCCAAUUUCUUCACAGUAG